AGAAAGGUUGGCGGCAGGGUGGGGAGGAGAAUACGAGAGUGAAAGGUGGGGGAGAGAGUAGCCCUUGGCUGCUAGCGCAACGUGACGGGCAGGGAAGGAGAGGGGAGCGCGAACGAAUGAGAAAGAGAGAAAGCAAAGAGGAGAGGAAAGAGAGACGUUGUAGAAUGAUUCGGGUCUACGGACACGCUUGCGUCUCGCGACGUUUCGUACUGUUCCGCAUCCGCAGCUACAGCCACCGCCACGGACACUGCCAGUAAAAAUCGUGUGAAUGCGCGUCCUAACGAGGGUGGUUUUUCGAUUAAAAGGAAAACCUUUACAAACAAUUCCGUCCUCUCGCAAUACAGAGAAAAUACGUGAGUGUCGUUUCGACGUCUUUUUUCUCUCUCUUUCGUUCCUUCCGCGGAAAGAGAUCCUACUCUUACGAACGGUAGUACAUACGCGCCGAGGAGGAAGGGAACGUUUGUGCACAGUGAAGUGACGCUUUGGUGUGUUAGAAUAUCGAGCGUCGCGUUGACCGCUACGAAUUUUCUCGCUCUUGCUCUUUCCCUUUCUUUCUCUCUCUUUCUCUCUCUCUCUCUCUCUCUCUCCCCCCACCCUCCCUCUCUCUUUCUCUCUCUCUUUCGGAAGUCCAAACGGAAAUCUCACACGCGAUAAUGGCGUACUUUCCGACAUUCCGAUGUUUUUUUUCUGGAAAACUUGUGUCGAUUCUUUGUAAUGAUUAAAAUGCUCCUACACAUUGCGCAUUAUUCGAGUUCUCUAACCUCAAGACUUCAAAAUGCAGUAAUAAUACCGGAGGAUUUGUUUAUACGGCCAUCAUACUUAAAUGCUACGACGACUACUUUCUUCUUACGCUCUCUCGUAAUAUUUUCUCUUCUUCCCCCUCCCUCUCCUUCUUCCCCUCUUCUGGUUCUUCUUCUUCUUCUUCUUCUUUACCCUUAUUGCCGCUCAGAAAGUAUAUGAUUUCAUUCGUUCGACCACCUAAACGACUAUCUCUUCAUCAAUAUUAUUUUGGAUCUAUUGGCCUAUUGUCAGAGAGCAAAACAGAGACACAAAAAUGGGUACGUUAAUAGCUUUAAAAGAGAUUGCCCAAUACUCUCUUAAGCCUGAAAUGGAGGCGAAGAGUCCUGCUGCGUAGACAUGGACUCGUACGACCUGUUUGGUGAAGAUGUCAGUGGCUCAAUGCUCGAUACUCUUCCUGAUCUUGGGGGGAACGAUCAUUUUGACCCUGCGAGUACAAGUAAUUCCGUGGUAGUAUCAAGAGAUGGUCCAAACCCUGGCACUAAUGGAGGAGGGAGUUACAUUAGCCAAUCUUAUAUUUCACAAGAGUCGCCUCUUCAAAAAUUGACUUCAUUUGGUGGAUCUGAAUUUGGAAAUUCUAAUCAGUUACAAAAUCCAUCUCAGCGCAGUAUGUUUAACCAAAAUCUAGGAACGUUCGAUAGUGGAACGCCACAACGUGCUAUGGUGCCAGGAGCUUUUCAAAAUCAAGCUCGUAGUAUGGCACCUCAACAUCGGGGACCUCACCCCGGUAGUGGUGGCCAAUAUCCUAGUUAUAAUGAUAAUAUGUAUUCUAUGGAACAGCAACAUUCAAUGGCUAGACCUAAUAUGAAUAUAGACCCUAAUAUGCAGGGUUGGCCAAGUAGUGGUAGUGCUUAUCCUCAAAUGCAAAGGCAUUAUAAUCAGAUGGCACAGCAACCUGCUACUUAUCGGCAACAUAUGCCACCACAGUAUUCACAUCAGCAAGAUCAAGCUGGUGUAAUGAAUCAGAAAUUACAACAACAGCAGCAGCAGCAGCAGCAACAACAACAACAGCAGCAGCAGCAACAGCAACACUUUAGUACACAACAAGGAAUGAUAGGAAAUAUGGGAGUAGCAGCUCAUCAAGUAAUGCAAAGUGGUGGAACAGGCAGUGUCUACCAACAUAUUGUUGGGCAACAGCAACAACAUUAUCAACAAGGAAAUUCUGUUGCGAUGUAUCAAACUUCAUCAGGGUAUCCUGGUUUUACGUCAGCCAUGCAUCAACAGCAACAGCAAUCGCAGCAACCUCCACAAAGAAUGCCUCAUCAUCAUCCACCUCAUCCACCUCAUCAGACACAUCCUUCGCAUCCCCAGCAAUAUUCACAACAUUCGCAGCAUCCUAAUACGCAGCAGCAGCCAAUGGAUCCUCAAUAUCCACAUCAUACAACAUCCAUGUUUAAUCAACCACAGCAUUCUGGUCCUGCGGCACAAUUUAAUACUAAUAAACACGCCACCAGUCCUCAAUAUCGUGCUGCUUUUCCACAAUUAUCACCACAAAUGUCUCCAAGACCUCAGAUGUCUCCGAGACCACCUGCUGUACAACAGCAAAUGUCUCCAAGACCAAUUAUGUCUCCUGCUAAGCCGAGUACAUUAUCGCCCCAUCCUCAUGUACAACUUCCUCAUCAACAAUCAAAUCAGCCUAAUACAAUGUCAGUUUCUCCAUGUCCACCUUCUUCAAUGCAGAUGAAUCCAUCAUCUCAACAAACCACUUUACAAGCGCUUGAGCAAAUGGUAAUACCAGGUGUUGCUGUAUCUAAUCCAAAUGUACCUGCUCAAGAUUAUAAUCAAUUUCAAACACGACCGCCAUUGUCGCAAGCUCCAAAUGUUUUACAACAGUCAACUGCACAAAAUUCUAUACCACAAAUUUCUGGACCUAGAAUGCCAAUGUCUGCACAGUGGUCACAUCCACAACAGCAGUCACAGGUUAGGCCAAAUUUGGCUGUCAGUGAUGAUAGAAAUAUAGUUGAAAAUCAACCUCCUGUAGUAUCAGAAUCUAGUGCUCCAUUAUUUCCAGUAUCUGGAACAGAAGCUAUUCAUAGUGGAGCAGAAACAUCAGUAAGAGAUUCUACAGAAAAUGUACAAAAUUCUACAGAACAACCAACACAAGGCUCUGAAUCUAUAGAGCAGUCUAGCCAAAAUCAGAAGUCAGAUAUGCUUGGUUCUGGGAGUGAAAACUCAGUGCAAACUACUUCACAAAAUAAUACUAAUUUAGAUCAUACUUCUGCGUCGUCGACACAUGUGCAGAUGGAAGCAGUACAAUCUUCUGCAGCAUCUAGUACAAGUGGAAAUGUAGACUGUGGAAAUGUAUCUCCGUUGCAGCAGCAACAAUCUGUCACAGGAAUACUCUCUACUACUGCUACUAAUAUGGAAAAUGAAAUUACAUGUGAUACAAAACAGCAUGAUCAGACUAUGGAAAUUGCUUCUGUUCAACAUCAUCAAGCACCCAUGGGAAAUUCAAUAUCCCACCCACAACAGCCUGUAAUAAAUCAAACGCAACAGCAGCAGCAACAACAACAACAGCAACCACAGCAACAGCAGCAGCCGUCUCAAGUUCAACCUCAAUCUCAGCCUCAGCUGCAGCCUCAGCCUCAAGCUCAGCCUCAAGCUCAGCCUCAAGCUCAGCCUCAAGUUCAGCCUCAAUCUCAACCUCAGUCUCAACCUCAACUUCAAGCUCAGCCACAAGCUCAGUCUCAAGCUCAGCCUCAAGCUCAGUCUCAAGCACAGCCUCAAGCUCAAUCUCAACCCCAACCUCAACCGCAACCUCAAACACAACCACCAGCAUUACCACAACAAGUGCAACAACCAACUCUUACUUCUCCUCAACAAGUACAGCAAAUUCCGAUAAUAAAUCAAUCUCCAAUGGUUUCAUCACAAAAUCCAUCAAUGCAACCAGGACAAAUACAACAGCCCCAGCUAGGACAAACACAGCAAACACCAAUUACUCAAACAACACCAAUACCACUUCAGCAGCCAUCACAACCAUUGCAAACUCUUGGUCCAACUCAACAACAACCUCAAAUAGCACAACAACCUCAGCAACCAGUAAUAAGUCAAGCUCAACAAUCUCAACAAUCUCCAAUUCAACCAACACAACAACCACAAUCUCAAAUUCAACCGACACAACAACCACAAUCACAAAUGGGACAACCAUCUCAACAAAUUCCAGUUUGUGUAGCUCAAGCACAAGGACAGCAACCUCAACCAAUUAUGAGCCAACAAGUUGGUAUGAUCUCCCAAAGUACUCCAAUAAUACCAAAUCAAAUUCCUCUUCAACCUCAGCUGCAAUCUCCAAUACAAAAUUCCUCUCCACAAAUACAAUCUCAAACCAAUCAAGUUCCACCUACGCAUUUAACUGCUGCUCAACAAGUACCUGCUGUUAGCCAAACUAGUGGAAUAGUAAUGACAUCUCAUCAACCUACAGCUCCUGUGUCAAAUUCUCAAACUCCACUUCCAGUACAAUCGAAUUUCAAUGAAUAUACGAAUAUUCCAAAAACUAAUACUAUGUACACAAAUGACGUGAUGGUAGCAUCAGGACAGCAAUAUCAUUCUAGCAAUGAUAUAAUUACUGGUAAUACUGUACCAAAUAUGUAUGGUAUUUCAUCUAAUACAAAUCCUACAUCUGUCAGCUCUACUCCAUUCAAUACAUCUUGUGCUCCAGUAACACAUCAUCAAGAAAGAGCUGCUUUGCAACAGCAAUUACAGGAACUUUACUGUAUGCCGCCAGCUCCAGAAAAUCAAGAAAAAAUAGUGUCCUUGCAAGAAAAAUUACAAGCUUUACAGCAACACGAAACAAAUGAUCAAUGUAAUGGUGGAACACAAUGUAUUUUGCAAACUCCUAUGUUCACAGCAGCUGUUGUUGAUAGCCCACAGGUGUCAAGUACUACUGGUCGUGGUCGUGGUAAAGGUACAUCAAGGGCUAAAAAGAACAGGAAAAAAGCAGAUAAAGAAGCUGCUGCUCCUCCAGCAAGUACACAGGCGCUUGUUCAACCUGAACAACCUUUAUCAGAUAAUCAAGUAACACCUGGAGACAGCAGUAAUAUUGUUGACAGUGCUGCUGAUUCCGAAGAUAUGAAACCAUCGUCUGGUGAUAUGGAGGAAGAUUGGAAUAAGGGUAGAAAAUCACGUAUUCCGCGUAAACCACGUAAGCCAAAAGAACCUAAGGAACCUAAGGAGGCUAAGAUUAAAAAGGAACCAAAACCACCUAAAGAAGCUAAGUCCCCUAAAGGUGCCAGAAAAAGAAAUAAAGAUAAAGACUCAACAAAACGUAAUAGAAAAAAAGUUAAUCAAUCUGAGUCGGCUGAUGACGAUACGGUACAAGAAGCAGAAGAGACUGUUGUCGCUGAUUCGAGCGUGGUUAAAGAUUCAGAGACAAAACUUAAGGAAAUAUCAAGUCAAGACGAUCAGGAACAAGUUGAUUCUUCAACGACUGAGCCUUUAGUAAGUGAAACUAAAGAGGAGGAUAAAGUGGAAUCAGAAAUUCCAGAUGAUGAGAAAAAAGAACAAAAUACUGAAGCAGCAACGGGCUCGGAAACACCGGCUUCUAGUAGUAAGAAGAAAGGAACGUCUCGGAAAAAAUCUUCCAGUAAAUCUUCUGGUGGGAAAUCUGGCAGAAGUUCUAAGAAACGGAAAAGUCGUAUUGCACCUGAUUCUGAUGGCGAAGAAUUAGCUGCAACACCACCACCUUCACCAGAAGCUGGCGAUGACAAUAAAAGACGUUCUGCAAGGAAUACUCACCGUAAAAAAUAUGUUGAUGAUGUUAUGCUACGGUUUUCAGACGAUGAUGUUCCUCUUCAGGAGGCUCAUUUGUCGAAAAAAUCUGAAGGUGCAAGUACAUCUAAAAUAGCAGCUGUUAAGAAAGAUAAUGAGGGUGGUGAAGUUGGACAAAACAAGCCUAAUUUUGUAUAUAUUAAUACGACUGAUGAAGACUCAAUGGUUGUGCAACAUAUUCUAUGUACCCGUAUGGGAAAAAGAGAAGUUAAGCCGCCAGUAUUACCUGAUAUAAAACCAGAGCCUAGUACGUCCGAAGAGACAAAGGAAAACGCAACUGAAGAUGCUGGACCAUCUGAAACAAAUACAACGGAAGAAAAAGAAAAAGAAAAAUCCGAAGAAUCUGAAAAGGAACCGUUGGUAGAAAGUACGGAUAAAGAAGUAAAUGAUAAUGACAAUGACGAUGAUAAAGAUAAGGAUAAGGAUAAUGAUAAUGAUAAGAAUAAGGAUAAUGAUAAUGAUAAGGAUCAAGAUAGUGAUAAGGAUAAAGAUAAUGAUAAAGAUAGUAAUAAGGAUAAAGAUAAUGAUAUAGAUAUAGAUAAAGAUAAAGAUAAAGAUGAAGAAAAAGAUGAAGAUAAAGAUAAAGAUAAAGAUAAAGAUAUAAAAACAGAGGCGUCUUGUGAUGCUGAAAAUGAAGAGACGAAACCUGAUUCUGAUAAACAAGAGGAUGCUUCCACGGCAGUUGAUUCUAAUACAUCAGAAAAUACUGUAGCAGAAGCAAAGCCACAGAUGAUAGAAGUUGAAGAAUUUUUUGUUAAAUAUAGAAAUUUUUCAUAUUUGCAUUGUGAAUGGAGAACGGAAGAAGAACUUUAUAAGGGUGACAAACGUAUACAAGCUAAACUAAAAAGGUUUAAACAAAGAUUACAUCAGAAUACUAAUAUAUUUGAAAAUACAGAAGAUGACCCAUUCAAUCCAGAUUUUGUCGAAGUUGAUAGGGUGUUGGAUGAAGCAACUCAUACAGAUCCAACAACUGGAGAAACCGUCAGACACUUUUUAGUUAAAUGGCGUUCUUUACAGUACGAAGAUUCUACAUGGGAAUUAGAAGAAGAUGUAGAUCCUGAAAAGAUAGCGCAAUUUCAUAGAUUUAAUAAAUUACCACCAAAGGAUCAAUGGAAGCCUAAAAAGAAACCAAAUGCAUCAGCAUGGGUUAAACUAGAAGAGUCGCCGAUUUAUAAAAGCAAUAAUAGUUUACGACCCUAUCAAUUGGAGGGUCUAAAUUGGCUUCUCUUUUCUUGGUAUAAUGGACAUAAUUGUAUACUUGCUGACGAGAUGGGUUUAGGAAAGACGAUCCAGUCAUUAACAUUUGUCGAUGCUGUAUACAAAUAUGGUAUUCGUGGUCCUUUCUUAAUAAUAGCACCUCUAUCGACUAUUCCAAAUUGGCAAAGAGAGUUUGAAAGUUGGACUGACAUGAAUGUUGUAGUAUAUCAUGGAUCAGCAGCAAGUAGAACCAUGCUACAAGAAUACGAAGUUUAUUAUAAAAAUGAAAAAGGCCAACAGAUAAAAGAUUUAAUUAAAUUCAAUGUCCUUAUAACAACUUUUGAAAUAAUCAUUACGGAUUUCAAUGAGCUACGUGGGUACAAUUGGAGACUCUGUGUUAUUGACGAGGCUCAUAGACUGAAGAAUAGAAAUUGUAAACUGCUUGAAGGCCUUAGACAAUUGAAUUUAGAACAUAGAGUAUUGUUAUCUGGUACUCCUUUGCAAAAUAAUGUGAACGAAUUAUUUUCUUUAUUGAAUUUCCUUGAACCAGUUCAAUUUUCUAGUAGUGAAGCGUUUCUUAAAGAAUUUGGAAAUUUGAGUAGUGAAGGUGAAGUUCAAAAGUUACAGCUUCUUUUAAAACCGAUGAUGUUACGUCGGCUUAAAGAAGAUGUUGAAAAAUCUUUAGCACCUAAAGAAGAGACUGUAGUAGAGGUGGAAUUAACCAAUAUACAGAAGAAAUAUUAUCGUGGCAUUUUAGAAAGAAAUUUCUCCUUUCUUGCUAAGGGUACCACAUCUGCUAACAUUCCAAAUUUAAUGAAUACAAUGAUGGAAUUAAGAAAAUGUUGUAUUCAUCCAUUCCUUCUUAAUGGUGCUGAGGAUCAAAUUCAAUUAGAUUACAAGACUGGUGACAAGGAAGAUUCUGAGGCCUAUUAUCAUGCAUUAGUAAAUAGUUCCGGAAAAAUGGUUCUCAUUGAUAAAUUAUUACCAAAAUUAAAGGCUAGUGGACAUCGAGUUUUAAUAUUUAGUCAAAUGGUCAAAUGCCUUGAUUUAUUGGAAGAUUAUUUAUUAUAUAAAAAGUAUCCAUAUGAAAGGAUAGAUGGCCGAAUAAGAGGAAAUUUAAGGCAGGCAGCUAUUGAUCGAUACAGUAAGCCUGACUCAGAUAGAUUUGUUUUCUUACUUUGUACGAAAGCAGGUGGUCUUGGUAUCAAUCUUACUGCUGCAGAUACAGUUAUUAUAUAUGACAGCGAUUGGAAUCCACAGAAUGAUUUACAAGCACAAGCUCGUUGCCAUCGAAUCGGUCAGCAGAAAAUGGUAAAGGUUUAUCGAUUACUCUGUCGAAACACGUACGAAAGAGAAAUGUUCGACAAGGCUUCUUUAAAACUUGGAUUAGAUAAAGCAAUUCUUCAAUCAAUGAAUACAAGUCAAGGUGGCAAAGAUCCUAGUAAUAAACAAUUGACUAAAAAAGAGAUUGAAGAUUUGUUAAAGAAGGGUGCUUAUGGUGCUAUUAUGGAUGACGAUAAUGCUGGAGAUAAAUUCUGUGAAGAAGACAUUGAUCAGAUUCUUGAAAGAAGGACUCAGAUUAUAACGAUCGAAGCUGAGAAAGGAUCUACUUUUUCAAAAGCUAGCUUUGCUUGUUCCUCUAAUAGAUCAGAUAUUAAUAUCGAUGAUCCAGAUUUUUGGAAGAAGUGGGCUAAAAAAGCUGAAAUCGAUACAACCGAAAAGAAAGAGGAAGAUGAAUUAGUUAUUUCAGAACCUCGAAGACGCACACAAAUUAAACGUUACGGACAUGACGAAUCUGUAGUUGAUAUGUCAGAAUUAGAUAGUUCAGAUGAUAAUAGUGAUGAUGAAACUAGUGGUGGAUUAACAGGCAGAGGUAAAAAACGAAGAGAUAAAUUUGGAAAAAAAUCUCGUAAAUUUUACGACGAGUACGUGCCGCGAGAGGGAGAAGUUGUCUAUGGUAGCUGGGCACGAAGCGAGUGUUUCAAAGUAGAACGUGGACUUUUAACGUUUGGUUGGGGACGUUGGGAAGAAAUUUUGCAGCACAGUCAAUUUCGUCGUGGUUGGCGCGAAAUCGAUGUUGAAGAUUGCGCAAGAGUAAUCUUACUAUAUUGUCUUCGUUAUUAUCGUGGUGACGAAAAAAUUCGUAGUUUCAUUUGGGAUCUUAUAACGCCUUUGGAAAAUGGAGAAAAAGUAAAGAACGUAUCUGUCAGUACGAAUGCGAGAAAUAGUAGACAAAAGAAGAAGGCUCGAGUUAGGGAAGGUAGAGAAACUCGAGGAUCUAUUAUAAAUGGUGGACCAAGUGAUCCUAAUCAUUGGAGCAAUGCAGAAAAGUAUGAUGGCGAUAUCUUUUUGGAAAGUAACUAUAGGAAACAUUUAAGCCGACAUGCCAACAAAGUGUUGUUACGCGUACGAAUGCUGUAUUAUAUCAAACAUGAAAUCAUUGGCGACUUGGUACAACAUAUUUCCGAUGGCGUCCACGUCAGUGCUUUGCGGAUAAACCCUCCGCAGUUCACGGAACGACCAGCGAAAUGGUGGGACUCGACGGCAGACAAAUCCUUAUUAGUUGGCUGCUACAAACAUGGCUACGAGAAUUACCACCAGAUGAGGAUCGAUCCCGCGCUUUCUUUCAUUUCAAGCUGUCCUCCCCCUUCUUCCCAGUCUCAGAUUACUCAACAGAACAGCAGUAGCAGAGAUGAAAAUAGUUUAGAAAAUGAAACGGAAGACGGCGAAUGUUCCAUCGUUAAAGAUUCCAAAGAUUCAGACAAGUUUACUCGAGAAACGCCGAUAGAUUCGCCAGCUAUAUCUAGCAAAGCUGAUACACCUAUACCUGAAGCUAGUAGUAGCCAUGAUGGAAAUGAAGUUCUUAUAGAAGAUGAUAAAACAUGGCCAUCUGUUGUUGAUCUAAAUACACGCUUACGCCGAGUAAUUUCUUCGUAUCAGCGUAGUGUUACCAAUAAAAAAGAAGAUGUUAAGUUAUUGCAAAAGAAUAAGAUUGGUAUUGAAAAUGAAACAACGACUACCAUUAAUCAUACAGGAGGAACGACAAUCAAUGAACCACCAACGAAUAUGCAAGGAUGGGAUUUGCAACAAUUAGCUAUGUAUUUACUGAAAAUGGAAAGGAGAGAAAAAAUGGAAACCAUGGCAAAGGAACGAGAACGUACACGCAUCGAAGAACAAAAAACAAAAUGGUCUCGUAGGGAGGAAAGUGAAUUCUUGCGCGUUGUGUCGACUUAUGGUGUCAAUUAUGAUAGAAAAAAGGCACAAUAUGAUUGGACCAAAUUUAAGAGUAUUGCAAGAUUUGAUAAAAAGACAGAUGCAGAUCUUACAGAUUAUUAUAUGUCGUUCAGAGCUAUGUGUAAGAAGGUGUGCAAUGCUAAAUUGAAUGAAGAAGAAGAUUUUGCAGAUGUUCCGGUUGACCAUUUAAGUCCUGCUAAAGCAAGACAGAUAUUGGAUCGAGUCGAUCUAUUAAGUAAAAUACGUGAAGAAAUUUUAUCACAUCCUCAUUUAGAGGAACGUCUUUCGUUGUGUCAGCCAUCAGGUGAUACACCAGAAUGGUGGCAACCUGGUAAACACGAUAAGGAAUUGUUACUUGGUGCAGCGAAACAUGGCUUAGGGAGAACUGAUAUAACUAUAUUAAAUGAUCCUGAUUUCUCUUUUCAUAAAAUUUUAGGAAAAAGUACUAGCUUUAUGGGUACGCAAACUCCUAAACUUCCGGAUAAAUCAGAAAAGGCUAUUAAGAUAGAAAAUAGAGAAGAUAUAUUGAAAUUUGAUAAAGAUGAAAUUUUGGUGAAAUUAGAAAAAGGUGAAGGAACAUUAAAGAUUGAGAAGAUAGGAGCUAAGAGAGAUCCUAUGUCUGCUGAGAAGAAAGCAGAAAAUGCCGAAAUAGAAAAAAGUCAAGUGGAAUUGACAAUAGUCAAAGCUGAAACAACUAAAGUCGAAGAGAAACCGCAGGUCGUAGUACCGCCUAUCAGCAAUACGCUUACUAUUUCUACAGUAACGAAAAGUAUAUCCUUGGAAAAAGAUAAUGUUAAUAAGAUCAAAGUUGAAGAGAAAUGUGAACAAACUGUGGAUACGACGAAAAGUGAAUCAACUAAUCCCCCUAAUGAUAAUUCUAUUGGAACUCCGAAAUCAACAGACGAAUCAAUUAUUACCGAAGAAACUCCACCCUCAAAUGAGGAAACUCCUGUUAAUAAUAAAAUUGUCGAAGCCGAAAAGUCUGAUGAUCAAAGUAAAGAAAAUAGUACACCUAAAGAAUUGUCUAAUAAUUCUGAAGAACAAUCAACGCAAGAUAAUCCCGUAGUAGAAAGUAAUGAAAAACCUUCUUCUGAAAAUAAAGAUACUAAUACAGAAUCAGUUACAGAUAAAGGUACGGAUACAUCGGAGAAAAUGGUAACAACUGAGGAUAUUAAACCUAACAUCAAAAUUGACAAUUCCACUACGACUAAAGAAGAAAUGGAAGUAGUAAUAGAAGACAAGGCUGCUGCUGAUGCUAAAGAUAAAGCCAAAGUAUCUAAAAUCGAGGAUAAGUGUAGCGUCCAAGCGGCAGAACUUAAAGCAAUGUUUCCUGAUUUGGAAGUUAUACAGCCAUUAUCGCGAUUAACCCAAAUCGAUACUUUUGUUCUACGGGAUAAGACAAUAGAUUAUAAUGAACCUACUAUUGUACAACUUUUAGCUCACAGUUGUAAUAAUGCUUCUUUGAAAUGGCCAAAAGAGCAUGCAAUCGAAGCACGUCUAAUGCAUAUUGUCCAUGCAAUAGAACAUAAAGAAUGGCCUGUGUCGAUAAACUUUAGCGCAGGAGAUGAGAUAGAUGCAACAACUUCUAAUGAAAAGGAUUGUUCAGAAGUAAUUACAAUAACGACAGAUCAUGGAGUGUCACGAUCUCCGGUAACCGGAAAUAAUAAUGUAUCUGCUGCUAGUAAAAAGAGAAAAAGACAUAUUGCCAUAGAUGUAGAAACGGAACGAGCCAAACUUCAUGCACUUCUCAAUAGUAGUCAAAUACAAUCUCAACCGCCGACACCAUUGAGCAAACCAACAAUCCUUUCAAGUUCUUCGACUACUUGGGAAGUUAAUGAAGAAUCACAAUCUGAGGAUUCACGUCGUUCGACACCAGUUCAACCACCUCCGGCACAUCAACAAACGCGAACGCAAAAUAUACCAUUUGAAUUGAAAUAUACUGUUCCUGGUAAAACGACAGUUAUACCAGGUACUUCGAGUACACUAACACCUAUUGAUUUAUCUGCUGGAUAUCCCAAAACAAGUUCCGAUAGCAGCAAUAAAGAUAUUAUGAACGAAGUUCAGGACUUUUCGAUGCCUAAUAAAAAUAAACAAAGCAAUAGCAAUAAAGGAAAGCUUGAUAGUAUGUUAGACAAAUUAAUGAAAAGAAAAAAUUGUCCUACAGACGAACCUAUAGUUGGAAAGGAAAAGAAACGUCGGAAAUUAGAUGAAAUAGUAUUAGGUUUGAGUGCUGCGAAAGAACAACAAAGCAGCCACUAUCCCGAACACAAUAAAAAGAACACAAUCACACCCAAUGUCACUGUCACUCCAACAUCAGCACCGAUUGGACUUCCUAACCCUCCUGCAAAUACUCAAAAGCCGUUUUCUAUAACCGUCACAUCAAUUCCAUCUUCUCGAGCUUCAGGGACAACUUCCAGUUUACCACCUCCAUCAUUACAUUCGCACAAGGAUAGCUUUUCUGCUUUGCUUGCUCAAGCUGAACAAAAUCGUGAACUCAAGAAACAUCAGCAACAACAACAGCAGCAACAACAACAACAACAACAGCAACAACAUCAACAGCAGCAGCAGCAACAUCAACAACAACAACAGCAGCAGCAACAACAACAACAACAACAACAGCAGCAGCAACAUCAAAGUCAUCAACAACAAGCUUUUAAUUCAGCGCAUUCUUCUGCUGCAAGUAAUCAUAGAAAAAGUUACGAAGCUAUGAUUGCUGAUAUUAACAAAGUUGCUGAAUAUUCAACGAAAAUUGGAUCUUAUUCUCACGAAGCAAAAGUUAACAAAUGGUUGGCCGAACAAACUGCUAUAACUGAGCAAUUAAAUGCUGAAUAUUUAAAUGCACCCAGACGACGGAGGCCUCGCGUUGAUCCAUCUUUGUUAGACUGGAAAAAAUUAACAGGCGACGAGAACGUAGCCGUGAUUAAUCGUAUAACUGGAAAAAAGGUUACUGGUAGUAAAGCUCCACAAUUGAAGCGACUUGGGCAAUGGUUGACCGAAAACCCCAUGUUCGACGUCGAUCCAAAGUGGGCCGAAUUAGUAAAAGAGCGUGGUAAUCUACCGCACGAUUUGCAAAAGAGAUUACCUGGAUCUGAUAGAUCUGGCGUAAGCAAAGGGAAGAGUCCUGGAAGACCACCAAUGAUGCCAAGUCCAACCAAUCAACAAUCGGCAAAUCAAGCAGCGAAUUUAGCUGCUACGUCUAUGGCAUCUAGUUUGAAUUUCCCUUCGUUGGGCAAUCUUAAUAACUCCCUUUUAUCUGGACUUUCACUCGGCAAUUUCGAUCCGAAAAACAAUCCUCUUCUAAUGCCAUUCGGUGGUUUACCUAACUUAGGAGCGCUAAGCGGUCUUAGCAAUCUUAGUAAUCUUAGUAAUAUGAGUUUAACAAGCUCGUUAUUUGCCAAUCUUGCUGGACUUGGUUUACCAUCGAUUGCAGGUAUGGAAGCAGCUUUGAGUGCUACCGCGACAAGUACGGCAGACACAAAUCCAGCUGUGAGUUCGGUUAACAGUAAAAAUACGAGUUCGAGCAGUAUUAGUAGUACUGGUAAACCACGAAACAAAUUGGAAGCCCCUACGAGCAAAACAUCUGUGCCAUCGACGUCAUCGGCAUCGUCGGCAUUACCAACGACGACGCCAUUCCCAUUUUUCUUUCCAAAUCCUAGUCUUCUUUACACGCCAUUAGGUUUAGGUGGUUUAAAUCCUUUCUCAAUGCAACCUGGUGGUGUAUCGUCGGCCUAUGAAAGUCUAGCACAGUGCGGUCUUUUAAAUCCGCCAACGUCAAGUGCCUCGACUGUACGUAAGCCUGCUUCGUCGGCGAGCAGUUCGAGACAACGAGAUAAUAUUGUUGAGUCGUCAAGCAAACGAAAGGAUUCCGAGAAAAAGCCUAGAUAUCCUGUAGAUCCUGGAAUAGCGUUACAGCAAUAUACGGACUUGGCAUUACAACAUACGGAGGAUAGGCGUCGUAUGGAACACGAAAAGAGAGAGGCUAUCGAACAGCAGCAACAGAACGAUAUUGCUGAGGCUAAUGAAAGAAGACUCGAAAGAAAAAGUAAAGAACAAGAGAUGAAAGAGGCUUUGGAACAUUUAAGUCGAACCAGUGCGGAGUUGCUAACGAGAAAUCUCGAAGAUGUGCAACAGCAGCAGCAGCAACAACAACAACAGCAUCAACGAUGCAGCGAAAAAAGAAGUAGCAUAGAUCGUAAUCAGAACUCGGAACAACACCAACAACAACCGUCUACUUCCUUAGAGGUAUCAUUAGAACCUGUACCGAAAAAAUUACGGACCGAGAUUAUUAGCGAGACGGUUGCGAAAACUACAACAGUAACAAGUAACGAUAAUAUGGGAUCAGUCGAUGGAUUAGUGGAGUCAGUUGGUAGAUCAACGAGUACAACAAAGCAGCCUCCUCAAGAAGAUACUUCUACUGUUGCUGCAGUCUCUUCCGAGACACCCUUGAACGUAAGCAAAAAGGAAUCGACGAGUGAACCUCCUACUCCAACAACGACGAUUACGAAUGUACCAUCUCCUUCACAGCAAGCUUCGACAACUACGAAAGGGGACUCGAGUAACAAAACCCACGUAGGGGAAAGCGAAGAAGAUUGUAAAGGCGCUAAAAGUAAAAAAUCACGAAGUGGUAAACGAUUGAGUAUUGAGCCUCCGCCCGAACGAAAAAAUCUCCGGUCUAGUGCUGGUAGACAAGCAAGAGCUGCGGCAGAACGUCAAGCAAGAAUGGAAUGUGAAUUGCAAUCCGAACAAAACCAACAACAGCAGCAGCAACCGCAAGAACAAUCGCAGCAGCAAACCCAACAACAGGAUACUCAUGUUGGAAACGAAUGAACUCGCGUUAAUGUGAUCAAUAGUGGUUUAGUUUCUAUGUUAAAUAAUCGAGGCCAAUCGAACUCUUCAUAGUUUAUCUCGAUUUAAGACUAUACGGUUAUUUAUAAUAGCCCUAGCUAAUCCAUUUUUAUCGAGUAUCGUUUAUUGCAACGCGGUAGAAGACUGUUUAAUCUGUGCAUCAUCUCUCUUGAUCGUUUUUUUUUCUUCAAACAAACACAAGUGCGUUAAAGGACUACUGAAGUAGAUUUAACAUUUACAGUAGCUUUUUCAUGGAUGUGUGCGAUAAAUGAAGAAAAAGGACAUAUAUACGAUUAAGAAGUGGCAUCUCGCGUAAGUGAAUAUUUAAAGAAAAUGAAAACAGGUUGUUGGUGUGUGAUGUACGUUAAGAGAAUACUUUGAGAAACGAGUGAUAGUAUUUUAUUGCUCGAUAAUUUGUGUGGAGAUUAACUUUUAAUUACGUAACAUUACUAUUUAAAGGAAACAAAAAGAAAAAAGAUUAAAAAACAGACAGACAAACAAACAAACAAAUAUUAUUUUGUUAAAUUUAAUAUCUUUUACGAUCUUAUCAGUUUUGACCGCAGGAGAGAGACUGUUUUUUAUAAAACUGCUAUCAUUUUAUUGUGCACUAGCUCUCUAUUGCGCACAGGCAAUAAAGGGUAUAACACGAUUUAAUUAAUAUAAUCCAUAACGUAGGAAAGUAAAAUCUAUUAUUAAUUUAAUAAAUAAGUAAGUAAAUAAAUAAUUAAUUAAAUGAAUAAAUAAAAACGAAAAAAAGGAAACUGUAAAUAAACGUAUGCCUAUAGCUCAUAAGUAAACUGUGUACUUGAAGAAGUGUAUAUAAUAACGCAAUGUACUUUUAAUUACAUUAGAUGAAAUAAUAAACAGCUUCUUUUGUUGUUUGCAAAUGCCAAGCGCCAAGACUUCCAUUUUAUUUAGUAUAUUGACCUUCGAUCAGAAGAAAUUGGUAGCUUGCAGCAUCCAUGUUCGAUAUUCAAUUUUGUAACAACCGUCACAACAUCACGAAUCUUAAUGAUAUAUUUCGUUUAUUAUUAUAUUAACUACAUUGUCAUAUAUAUGAAAAAGGCUACACAAAAAAAAAUAUAAGUUCAGUAUUGAAAAUGUCAGACAUUAUUACUCUGUAUUUUGUAUCGUGUACAUUGUAUCAAAAAAAAAAGUAUAUAUG